CACAAUUAUGGAUCAACUAAAUGAAUGGGGCAAAAUUAGAACAGGAAGAUUGAAUGGAGAGGAGGGAAGGAAGAUAGUAAAUGAAAGAAUAUAGAGAGGGACAGCUAAACCAAGGGCCAUUUGAGGGGUCAUAUGGAAACCUACUAUAGUAGAAGCUUCUUAAAAUAAAUACGAACCAAGCCUCAGGAGCCAAGCAAGUUAGAUCUGCCAGUGAGCCUCCAGCCUUGAAAAUUGUCAAGAGUGUCUGAAAACCCUGUCCAGCUCUCCAAUGGUCAGCAACAACAUUGCCAGCAUAGUACAAGCCAGGAACCUGGUAGAGCAGCUGAAGAUGGAAACCAACAUUGACAGGAUAAAGGUGUCCAAGGUGGCUGCGGACUUGAUGGCCUACUGUGGGGCACAUGCCAAGGAAGACCCCCUGCUUAUCCCAGUCCCAGCCUCAGAAAAUCCCUUUGGGGAGAAAAAGUUCUGCACUAUCCUUUAAGUCUCUGAAAGGAGGCUGAAGAGUGCCUGGGCUCCUGGGAUAUUGGUGUAGAUUUCCUAACAAAAUGAUGUCUUUCUCAUGUGCAGCAUUUAAAGACAGGAAGACCAUUCUGGACACUCUGGGCUGUGCAUGUUUAAUGAACUGUCCCCUUAUGAGAAUGGAAACUGAUUCCAUGUCCCAACU